AUCGCAACAUCGUCAUCGCCAACCACUUGGAGCAUUGAAAUAAAUCCCAGUCCGAUUAUCCGAAAGACCGUACACCCAGUCGAGCCUAUCCUAUCAAGGGGUGGAUUAAGCCAAGAUCUUGCGGUUGGCGUUUAGAUCACAACUUGCGUGCGGAAAUAAUUGGCCGUUCUGACUUCUGGAACUGGAAAAAAAAGGAAAUCAUUUCCAAGAGCACGGGAUCUCGGUUCUACUUUUCACCACCGGGCUGAUUGAGAUGACUCGGCGGAAGGAGCUCAGAAAUGCGUUGAUAUUCUUCCAACUACUCGCGCCUGUUUGGAGUUUCUAUCUGCCGGGUACCGCGCCCAGGGACUACAACGAAGGAGACCUUGUUCCGCUGUUGGUCAACGCCCUCACACCUCAGAUUUCUGCACAUUCCAAACUAAAAAGUGUGAUAUCAUACGACUAUUAUCAUCCGCAACUUCAUUUCUGUCAACCACCUGAAGGACCGGCCAGUCAACGUGAAUCAUUCGGAAGCGUCUUAUUUGGGGAUAGGCUCUAUGAUUCUCCUUUUCAAAUCCAAAUGCGAAAAAAUGAAACGUGUAAAAAACUUUGCGAUUCAAGCAUCCCUGCAACCGAUGCUGGCUUCGUGAAUCAGGCAAUUCAAGAUCGCUAUGCUCUCAACUGGCUAAUUGAUGGUUUACCGGCGGCUGAGCUCAAAAGAGAUGAUGGUUCUGGGGAAACAUUUUAUUCGAUUGGAUUUUCGUUGGGACAAGUCCAAGAACCAGUGCCUAUUUUACACAAUCACUUCAACAUUUUCCUCGAAUAUCAUGUCAGGAAUGGGAACUUUAGAGUGGUUGGCGCUCUAGUAUGGCCUGCAUCCUUGGACGCAAGCGCUUCACGAACUUGCGAUAUGGAAUCUGGUCAGCCCAUGCGCUUGAGUGAAAAUGAAGACAACACGGUUCCCUAUACCUACAGCGUUAUUUGGACUGAAUCAGCAACACCAUGGGCCACAAGAUGGGAUCAUUACUUACACAUCUUUGAUCCAAAGAUCCAUUGGUUUUCUCUAGUCAACUCUAUAGUUAUUGUCGCUUUCCUUUGUGUGAUGGUUGGCAUGAUCUUAAUGCGAACAGUUGCUCGAGAUAUCGGCAGGUACAACGCGAUUGACCAGAUCGACGAUGUCCAGGAGGAUUUUGGAUGGAAACUCCUACACGGGGAAGUCUUUAGGGCUCCAGAGCGUCUCAUGCUUCUCUCGGUAGCCAUUGGGAGCGGAGCUCAGAUUGUAGCCAUGGCUACUGUUACACUUGUCUUUGCAUUAUUUGGAUUUUUAUCGCCUGCAAACCGAGGCAGCUUAUCAACUGUGAUGAUUGUGACUUGGACUCUGUUUAGCUACGUCGCUGGCCAUGUCAGCACGCGUAUGUAUCAAACCUAUGGCGGCUUGAGUUUCAAGCAGAAUAUGAUCUUGACAGCUUGUCUGUUCCCCACGAUUCUCUUUUCCGUGUUGAAUGUUUUGAAUUUCUUCCUGGUCGCUUCCGGUGCAGCGGGGGCCGUACCAUUUGGUACAAUGGUUGCGAUCAUUGCAAUGUGGUUCUUAAUCUCUCUACCUCUGGCGUUGGCUGGUUCCAUCAUGGCGUCUCGGAAAGGACCUUUGCCCAUCCCAGUCAGAGUUAACCAAAUCCCUAGACAAAUACCACCCACAGUAUGGUACAUGAGGUUUUGGCCUUCUGCGCUAAUGGCCGGGAUCUUGCCAUUCGGUGCUGGAUUCAUUGAAUGUUACUUUUUAUUGUCAUCAUUAUUUGGCAAUAAAGUUUAUUACGCUGCUGGAUUUUUGUUCCUAACAUUUACAGUUGUUGGAUUGACAACAGCAACUGUGACCGUGUUGAUGUGCUACUUUCACCUUUGUCAAGAAGAUUAUCGAUGGCAUGAGAGAGCAUUUGUGACUGGCGGUGCGAGUGCAUUUUGGUUGGUGGCCUAUGGUCUGCUAUAUGCGACCAGGUUAUCUUUACAUGGAUUCACGUCGAUCGCCCUUUAUCUGGGUUAUUUGAUGCUACUCGCUUUACUGGACUUUUUGAUGACUGGCUCCAUUGGAUAUGUUGCUACUUUUUUCUUUGUCAAAAAGAUUUACAGCCGGGUCAGAAUUGACUAAGCCUCUGCCUAGCCGGUUUCACGAUCACGCACUGUAGUAUUUCAUAUCCAGUCAUUUGUACUGCACACUGAGAAACCACAUGAUUAUGAACGCAAAAUCAAACAAAACCGAACAAGAAUUGUUUUUCCUUACUGCAUGCAUUUUCUCUUCUGUUGACCCCAGUAGAUUGUUGUUGCAUAGUGUUCUGUAGUCUCAUCUCUCAACCUUGGUGGAACAGAAUGUGUGAUAACAUUGUGUAAGGUAGAGCUGUGGAAACAAUCAUCAUCCUCAUACAUAUUUCCAUGUGUACUCCAUUGUCAUCUGUUACAGAAUGUUGUCUAUUUAGUCAAAACACCCGUUGCUCUCUCAUUCUAUGCCUAAACUAUGUAAAUGAAUAUAUUAUGUGUUGGUUUGCUCAGAUUGUUUUUUCUGUUUGCUCAACAAGCAUCCUCAUCUGCUGUUCAAAUAUCAGAACUUUCUUUGGUGUUGAAUCCUAGCCACAAACCAAGGAUGUUUCACCAGGCAAAA